CAAGACCGCUUCCUAGUUCUGCUGCAAUGCUUGCAUUUCGUCAACAAUGCUAUCCUAAGUGACCCGUUAUACAAAAUAAGAAAUGUUCUUAUCAGCCUGACAUCAGCAUUUGGUCGGGUCUUUGUGCCAUACAAGGACCUAUGCAUUGAUGAGUCCCUGAUGUUAUGGAAAGGUAGGCUGGCGUUCCGUCAAUAUAUUCCCUCCAAAAGGCACAGGUUUGGAGUCAAGUUCUUUGUCACGUGCGGCGUGAAGACAGGAUUUGUCCAGGAUAUUAUAGUUUACACAGGGUCCACCACUGACUUCAAACAUUAUGAGGGGCUUGGGGUGUCAGGGUCCGUGGUGAUGACCAUGCUGGCUCCUCAUCUCGGCAAGGGACACACUUUGUAUGUGGACAAUUGGUUCAGCAGUCCCACACUCUUCCAGCAUCUGCUCUUCAACAGCACGGGGGCCUGUGGCACGGUCAGGUCGAACAGGAAGGGGACGCCGGCAUUCGGAUGCAGGAAGAUGCAGAGAGGGGAGGUGGAGUUCCAGGAGAACGGUCAACAGCUGGCAGUAAAGUUGCAUGACAAGCGAGACGUCAAUGUCCUCUCCACUGUCCAUACAGCAACCAUGUCGGCCACAGGGAUGGUGGACCACCUGACGGGAGAGAGAUUGAUCAAACCAGAUUGUGUGCUUGAUUAUAACCUCAAAAUGGGGGCCGUGGAUAAGGCGGACAUGAUAAACAGAAGAUAUUUUUCCAUCUGA